UCAAGUUGACGUUAGCACCGUUAGCUUAGGGUUAGCUAUGUAAGCCUAAACAGCCUGGUGAGCCCUAAGCGCCCACGGUUAAACGACUACACAGCUUAAAUGUUAGACAGUUAGUCAUAGUAGGAUCAAAUGGUUUAUGAGAAUGUGCAGCCAUGGGAGACAUGAAAACCCCAGAUUUUGAUGAUCUUCUGGCAGCCUUUGAUAUCCCAGAUGCCACCGGGCUGGAUGCUAAAGAACCCGUCCAGGGCAACCAUGAGGAGACAGAAAAUCAGCUGAAACGCACAGGGAUCUGUCUAGAUGACAGCCCGCUGAGGAACCAAGCUGUCACAACUGCAGACAUUCCUCUGGUCGGUGUUAUWGUGAAAAACACAAGUCGGCAAGAGUCGCUGGAAGAUUUCAGCGAUGAGCUUCAUUCAGGACAAGCGUUGCAGAAUGGAUUCAGGGGACAGGAUUUUGACCCUGCAGCGCCGACCAACACUGAUUUUCCCAACUCCUUUCAAUGUGCUUUAAAUGGUGAGAGCUCAAGAGAAGCUCCUGAGAGAACUCCUGUGCAACAAAAAAGUGACGAAACUGCAAUAUUUUCUGAGUCACCUUCACAUUUUAGCCCAGUUUCUAGUCCUGGAUGCAAAGAUACUCUGUGUAGUGGAGAAAAAGUAGUUUCAAAAGAAGUGCGACCUUGUUUUUCAGAAGCUCCACUUUUAGAAGAGCCGUUAGUCCCGGACAAUCUGAAACAAUUGGACCUUUGCACAUUUAAUAACUCUCCCAAGAGCACUGAAGAAAGCAGAACAGAAAAUGGCAAAAAUGAGGAGCUUUCUGGCAUCAGCAUCAGUGAUGAAACAGAACGAAAUCCUGGCGUACACAAUGCAUUUCCUCCUUCGAGCAUUAAUGAGGAUUGUAGUAAAAAUGGCGAUCCAGAAAGCAUGGUGGAUGCUACGGCCUCUUACUCACCUGCCACAUUUCAGACACCUAAAUUGUCCUCAUGUCUUGAGGCUCUGGUUGCUCUGAAUGCUCGAAAAGAUCCUAGUGAGCAGACUAAUCCUAGAGAGUCAUCCGCAGUGCAGAAUGACUGCAUUAAAGCUAGCCACAAAGUAACCAUGUCCCCAAGAAGCCCCAGAAGUCCACUUGAAGCAGUAAAACGUCUAGUAAAACCUUCCGAUAGCCCCAUGAGCAUCUGCAGUGACAGCAGUGGUAAAGCAUCCCCUGCAGUCACAUCAGGGUCACCUCCAGCUAUACCCAGAGUCAGAAUUAAGACUAUUAAAACAAYAUCUGGGCAGAUAAAGCGCACCGUCACCAGUGUGCUGCCAGACUCGGAAACAGAUGAGUUUCAUGCUUCUGAGUCCUCACCAUCACAGAGUAUGAUUAGUGAGGAUUCGUACUGCAACAUGUCUCCGCAUCAGCCUCGAACUGUUGAUUGUGUUGUUGGAAUACAAAGUCAAGGUAGAACUGCUAGCGCAACCGUGCCGAAAGUACUGCAGAGAAAGUCAGAGGAGAAGGCAAGGAACGCUGAAACAUUUUGUAGCGCUAGUCGCUCUGUAAAGAGAUCUGGUGUGCAUCAGGUGCAUAAACCCGAAAAAGCAUCGCCUACGACCGGCCAAACGUCUAACACAAACUUUCUUCCCCAAGCGAUGCACUUAGCAAGUCUAAACCUGGUUCCUCACAGUGUCGCUGCUUCGGUGGCGGCGAGGCCCUCUUCACAUCAACAAAACUCGCACAUACUGCCCUCCACCGUGUGCAGCACUGUCCCACUGGUGCAUCAGGUGAAAACAGCCAGCCGUCCUCCACAUUCAUUUCUUCCAAACACAGUUGCAGGGACUUUAAACCGACUGCUGAACAGUACCAACCCAGUGCCUGUGUAUGUGCCCAACCUGAGCCCCCCCGCAGAGAGCAAUAUCAACCUUCCGUCACGCGGAUACUGCUGCCUCGAGUGCGGAGACUCCUUUGGCCUCGAGAGAAGUCUCGCUUAUCAUUACAACAGAAGGAGCGUUCAUGUCGAAGUCGGGUGCACGCACUGCGCCAAGACCUUGGUUUUCUUCAACAAGUGCGCCUUGCUGGCGCACGCACGGGAGCACAAAAGCAACGGCUCCGUGAUGCAGUGCACGCAGCUCCAUUUGAGACCCAUAUCAGAGGAGCAGAUGUUUGCACCCCUGAGUGCUGAACUGGUUCCAGCAAGUCCUCACACCCUUCCUUCACUCUCACAUAAAAGUGAACCAGUCCUGCCCUUGUACCCGGAUAACGUUAAUCGCCACAUACUUCGUUGUCUAGAGUGUAACAAACAGUUACCCGACUACAAAGCACUCGCAGGUCACUACCAAAAGUCAUCAGAGGUGGUUGAAGGGCUGAUUUGUAAAAUGUGCUCAAUGCUGUUACCCAACAAGUGUAGCUUCAGAGCUCACCAACGCAUUCACGCCCACAAAUCCCCUUACAGCUGUCCGGAGUGUGGCGCCGCGAGUCAGUCUGCAGACAUUCAGAAGCACGUCAGAGAAAACUGUCUGCAUUACGCUCGCAAGGCCUGGUACAAAUGUCUUCACUGUGAUAUGGUUUUCAGGACCCUACAAGGACAAAAGACUCACAUCGAAGAGAAGCACUGUGAAGUCUUUUACAAAUGCUGCAUCUGUCCAGUCGCGUUCAAGACCCCUGAGAGCUGCGACGUUCAUUUAAACAGUAAACACAGCACUAACGAUCAGUUGCCUCAGUUGGUCUUUAAGUGUUCAUGUGAAGCAGUUUUCAAGAAAAAGCAGCUAUUUUUUCAGCAUUUUCUUGAAAAUGCCAACAAGCGAGUGACGUGCGUGUUUAAAUGUCCAGAAUGCAACUCAGUAUUUCCACAAAAGCGACUCUUAGUGCAUCAUUUCAAGGGUGUGCAUGCAGGAAACAUGACGGUGGAGACCGAAAAGGACACCAAAGACGAAGACAAGACAGACUGUUACUCAGAUUCUCAUCCCGUCCUACAACAGAGGAGCCAGGACACUCGAAAACACGCAGAUAAUCCCAGAAAAAAGUCAGAGCAAGAUGGCGGAUCUCGCGUAAAGCCCAGCGGCUGGACGUGUGGCGAGUGUCUACAGUGGUUCACGGAGAGAGAGGCCUACGUUUCUCACAUGAAGAACAACCACGGAAAGUCGGUGAAGAAGUAUCCAUGUCGACACUGUGAGCAGUCGUUCAUCUCUGCAACCAGCCUGAGGAGACACGUCCGCAGUGACCACGAUGGAAGAAAGAGAAUUUACAGUUGUUGGUAUUGCACGGAUACCAAGACAAUAUUCACAACUAGCGUGAUGCUGAAGAACCACAUAAGUCUUAUGCAUGGAAUUAAAAACCCUGAUCUCAGUCAAAUGCCAAAAACAUCCAUUCAGGAAUUCAAAAACGCUUCAGACAAGGAGUUUGUGUCUGCGACGCCUGCUGUGAGUGCGCAGGCUGACAGCCAGGAUCCAUCAGGUCUCGAGGCUCCUUCAGCCAAACGCCUGAAAACUCAGUUCCGCUGUUCAAAGUGCGGUUUUAUCACCGCCAGGAGUGCAGAGUUCCAGCAGCAUAUACCUCAGCAUAAAAGAGAUAAAAACACACCUCAGUGCCUUCACUGCGGCCUGUGUUUCACGUCUGUGUUCUCUCUCAGUAGACAUCUUUUUAUCGUGCACAAAGUGAAAGAGCCCGAGGAGGCCGGAGAAGAAAGGGGAACGCAGGAGGAGUGCGGCAGUCAGCCGGUUACAUCAGCAGACGCUGAGGAGAUCAGUGACUUUGAAGAAAAUCCUCACUGUUCCCAAACUACAGGCUCUCCUUUAAAACUAAACACUUGCUCUCAGACAGAAGCAGCUCCUCUCCAGCAGUGAGAGCCUCAUAAGCUGCUGGGGGGAAAAAAAACAACUUUUCUUUUUCUUGUUUUUCCUGAAGUCUGAGCCACAUUUAUGCUUCAACCUCAGACUGACGCAGAUCUUUCCGCUGUAGCCUCCUUCAAAAUUGUAACGCAUCACAGAUUUCUAAUGACCAUUUCUCGUGGUGGUAUUCAUCUCCAGCUCGUUGCUUUGCUGGAAAUUAAGGCUUGUGUGAAUGAAGAAUAUAAAAUUUAACCGGCUGUAGCAGAGACAGUUUGCUAAUAAUACUCCCAGAAUAAUUGUCACUGUGCCUGCUUUGGUUUUCUGCUUUUAAAUGUUUUUUUUUUUUAUUAUUUUACUUUUGCUAAGACUUUGUUAAAGGCUAUUUUUUUUUAUUUUGACUUCUUCUUUCCUUACGUGUCUUUGAACUGAAUGAAUUAUCAAUUAUUCAUUAGUGCCCCACAGACUAAAGAAAACCCCACAAAUAUAUGUUUUUGUUGCUGUUUGCUUUAGAAAACUUUGUGCCAAAAAAUAAAAAAAGGGAAAGGUUACUGGUUUAUAUCUAGGCCAGGGUUAUUAAACUGGUGGCCUGCGGGCCACAUGCCUUCCAUCCAGCCCACCAACUAGGCUCAGCCACCUACCAAAAAAAAAAAAAUCCCCUUUCUUAAAAUUUUUGCUUAAAAUAAAAGUUCAUUUUUAAAUCAAUCUUAAUUUUUA